CAUAGGUUAGUAAGACGUAUUUACGAUCUAUUUUCAUCCCUAAUUUUUCAUCUGAUUAAUUGUCCGAUGUCAGAAAAUCAUUGUACGUGAGAAUCGUUCGGUCGAAGAACUUUAAAAUUCGCUCGUACGUUUAGUCUGACGCGAAAGUAAAGAGGUUAGUCGGCGCAUUGAUAUUUAUUAACGCGUUGAAAAUCAGAAGGUAUACGAGUACAAAUAUUAUUUCCAUAGAUAGAAUUCCAUCGAAAAGUAAAAGCGGAAGAGUGCGCGCGCGUAUAGUGCUGCGUGAUAAUGCGCUAGGCGAGAAGGGAAGCAAGGGAGCGGCAGGGGUAGGGGAUGAGUGUGAAAGAGAGAGAGAAUAUGCGAGCGUAUGUAUGAUGUAUGUAUGUAUGUAUGUAUAUUGUAUGUUGUUAUGUGUGAACGUAUAUGUAUGUAAGGAAAAAGAGAAAGAUAGAGAAUGUACGAAUAUCCUAUAUAUACUAUGUGCGAUAUAUGCAAUAAAUAAAAUAAAAAGUACGGGCGUGUUUCGAGAAAAUUGCGUGAGACAAUUUUUGCUAUGAAUUUGGGUAUACGAAAAGAAAUCAUUUCGAAGAGAAAUAAAACCACCUCUGUGAAUCGUCGAAUUCUUUCGGUCUUAUUUCGGAAGAAGGUCGAGAGUGAGUGUCUCGCGCGUGUACUUAAACAUGAAGACAAAAAAUAAAGCUCGACGACGCAAUAACGAUGACGGAGGAGAUGGCGGUGGUGGUGAUGACGACGACGACUACUACUACAGUGAUGACGGAGAAGGUGGAGACGGUGAUGGAAACGAUGGUGGUGGCGGUUGCGAUAAUGGUGGCGGUAGCGGAGGCGGCGGUAAUACCUAACGUAACGUAAAACGUUUGACGUUUACCGGCCAUGCGGUCUACGAUGUACCAAUAACAACGACCUAUUCAAAAGCGCCCUUGUCGUCUCUUUGAACGUGACCUCAUUUUGUCUGAAGUAAAUAUGUUACGUGCAAUGAUGCCGAUAAUCAGUAAGAUUACAAAAUGGGUUGUUUUGGGAGCAAGGAUAAAUUGAGUAAAGAGGAUAUGGAGUUUCUCAAGUCACGCACGCGAUAUGACGAAAGCACAAUCAAGGAAUGGUACAAGGGAUUCAAACAAGACUGCCCUAAUGGCAGAUUAACGCCCGCAAAAUUUGUUGACAUGUAUAAAACAUUCUUUCCGUCUGGCCAUGCGGAAGAAUUUUGCGAUCAUGUAUUCCGCACAUUCGACAUGGAUAAAAACGGUUAUAUCGACUUUAAGGAAUUUCUCUUAGCCAUAGACGUUACUUCCUGUGGUACACCGGAAGAAAAGCUAAAGUGGGCAUUCCGGAUGUAUGACGUUGAUGGAAAUGGUGUUAUUGAUAUUCAAGAAAUGACUAAGAUCGUUCAAGCAAUAUAUGAUAUGCUCGGAGCAUGUUCGAGCAACAGGCCAGCGGACAGCGCUGAAGAACGGACUAAGAAUAUAUUCGCUAAAAUGGACGAGAAUCACGACGGGCAAUUGACGCAAGAAGAAUUCCUUAAGGGUUGCCUUCAAGACGAAGAGCUCUCCAAAAUGUUGGCUCCUUAAUUUGACUGUCCACAUUUUACAGAGAAUUCAUUGACGGGCGUCUGAACGGUUUUCAAGACGGAUUUGUGAAAAAAUGAAAAAAUUAUUACCGUCGCUGCUGUUACGAUCUCUGUCGCUGCUGCUGCCUCCACUACUAACACCAAUACCACCACCACCACUACCAAUGAAACACCAUUAUUAAAUUAACAAAACCACUGUCGCUACCACCAUCGCCAUCGCCACCACCACCACCACCACCACCAUUAUCAUCACAGUUGCCACCGUCUUAUUACCACUUAUCGCCACUGCAACGUCUCUCCUCCAGCUUCGCAGCAGUCAUCCCCUCGUUUUUUCAUGAGAUUUUGACCAGAUACUAUGAUGAUAAUGAUAAUUAAUAAAUGAAUGAUGAUGAUAAUGUUGAUGAUGAUAAUGAUGAUCAAAAGCAAGAAAUCAUGAAAAGCCACGUGACAAACAUCAUCAUCAAGAACGACCGAUGACUAUUGCAAACACCUUAAGAUUUUUAAUUCUAAGGUGUUCGGAGAACCUAACCUUCCAGUUAGGAGAUUCAUAAAAAGGAGCGGGAAGGGGAAGAAAGAAAUGAAAAAAUAGAAAAAGAAAAUAUGGAAUUCGUAUAUAAUCGUUUUCAAGUCGAUCGCAUAAUGCAAAAUGCAAUUUGAUCUUGCAAUCGUUUGAUUAUUAAGAUUUUUCACUCAAACCUGUGAACCAGCGAAUAAUACGAUUACGAAUAUCUAGUUGCAUCGAUCGAUUGCGAAUCAAUUCGAUCGAUUCUACACACACGUAAUAAACAGGAGUCAUAAUCCCAUCGCAAUCGUGAAUUUGCUAUAAUAUCAACUCGCUAAACGAAUUUCGCUGGACCGAAAAGAUCGAUAAAAAAAAAAAAAAAAAAAAAAAAAAAAAAAAAAAAAAAAAAAAAAAAAAAAAAAAAAAAAAAGGGAGAAAAAAAUUGUUGAGUACCUCGCGGAGACCGCGCAAAUGUGGUCCAAAUUAAUAGAGAGAAAUUAAUAGAGAAGGAUAACUUUAGGAUUCGGGAAAAUGCACGCGAACAAUAUAUACAUAAAAUGUGCGUGGCCCUAAAUUUUAGUGGCUUUUAGCAUGAUCCAAUCUUUAAGAAAAAUGAACAUCGAAAAUACUCGAUCGAUUACGAGUUCAACAAUAAAAUUUGUUUUUCCAUAGAAUUUCAAUGUUAGGAUAAGCCAAGCUGUUAGAAUUAACAGAACGUGCUCUUCGCAUUGUAAUCCGAUUAUUAUGAAUUGAUAAAUUGGAUAAAUUUUCAAAUUUAAUUCAAAACAUUAUGUUUGCAACGGAGCAAAAAAGGAUGAAGAUAAAAAAUUAAAAAUUCAUCAAUUUGAUUUUAACGGCUGUUAUUUUCGAACGAAUACAAUUAUUUCGACAAUAUAUAAAAUUUUUGUUACUUACAUAUACAUAAAAAUCUCGAUGAGGAACCAUUGAUAAGUAUACAAUAAUAUCGUGUACAUGGAUUACACGGUCCCCCAAAUGGUUUUUUUUUUUUUUUUUUUUUUUUUUUAUUUCUCUUAACCUCUCUUCGUCAUGAUUAUGUGCCUUUCCUUUUUUUCCAAACAGCAUUUAUUCACUUUGAUGAAAUGGUAUCGUAAACAAAUAGAAAGAACAAAUAAUGAAUGGCUAUUGUUAGAAUAUAUUUCAAUAAUAUCUCGGAUAUCUCGAUUAUAUUUCCCCCAUGAAAAAGAAACAAAAAUAAAAAAAAAAAAUAAGACAAACAAAACAAAAAGAAAAUACUAGUAAUAAUAAUAAAAAGAAGAAGAGAGAAGAAAACAGGCUGGUCUCUGUUUAGUGAUAGAAUUCGACCAACACUGUGUUUUUAUUAGAAUGAGCUACGUCAGGCUGUCGUAGAAUAACUUUUUCUCAUUGGUAUACGCGCAAUGUGUUUUCAAUAUAAAACACCUUUACACACAUAUAUAUAUAUAUACAUAUAUAAAUAAAUAAAUUAAUUAAUUAAUAUUUAACACGUUCAGCGUCGUAAACAUCUCGUACGAUUUUAUUCUGCUGCGUCGGAAAACAAUAUUAUACGUAGUGCUCCUGCGUUACUGCCGGUCACCGGUGACCUUGAAACACUGCAAAAAAGAAAAAAAUAUAUAUACACGGUGUCGGUCAUUGCUACUUGUGGCGCGUAACGUGUUAAAAAAAAAUAAUAAUAAAAAAAAAAGGAGAAAUUUUGUAUAUUGGCGAACAUGAUGAAAACAUAUUUGCUAAAGAUGACAAAUAUUUGAUGAACUGGUCCAAAAGAAAAAAGAAUUUAA